AUGUCUGAAUUCUCGGACUGGUACCGAGGUAUACCGGAGAUCACCAGAUACUGGUUCACGGGCAGCGCUGUUUUGCCGUUGCUCGGACGUUUCGGCUUAUUCAGCCCCUAUUUGAUGCUGCUCGAAUGGAAUCUUUUCUUUCACAAAUUCCAGAUUUGGCGACCAGUAACAGCGUUGUUUUAUUAUCCGCUUUCACCUUCUACGGGUUUUCAUUGGUUGUUAAUGCUCUAUUUUCUCUACAAUUAUUCACGUGACACAGAAACUGGGCUCUUCGAUGGUCGCCCAGCUGAUUAUCUUUUCAUGCUUAUCUUCAACUGGAUUCUCUGCACUAUUUGGCGACCAGUAACAGCGUUGUUUUAUUAUCCGCUUUCACCUUCUACGGGUUUUCAUUGGUUGUUAAUGCUCUAUUUUCUCUACAAUUAUUCACGUGACACAGAAACUGGGCUCUUCGAUGGUCGCCCAGCUGAUUAUCUUUUCAUGCUUAUCUUCAACUGGAUUCUCUGCACUAUAAUAUGCCUAGCAGGAAGCGUAUAUUUCUUGCUUGAACCAAUGGUACUCAGUGUUCUGUACAUUUGGUGUCAGAUGAAUAGGGAUCAAAUUGUGCAGUUUUGGUUUGGGACACAAUUCAAAGCAAUGUAUUUGCCCUGGAUACUGGUCGGUUUCAAUAUGAUUUUACGCGGUGGCGGCAUGAAUGAACUGAUCGGAAUCCUUGUCGGCCAUACCUAUUAUUUCUUGAUGUUCAAAUAUCCACAAGAUUUUGGCGGACGUCAGUUUCUUCGCACACCACAAAUCUUAUACAGAUGGUUUCCGAGUCGAGUUAGUGCAGUUCACGGAUUUGGCCAGGCACCGUCGUACAGAAGAGCAGCGCCAGCACAAGGUGACGGACCACGUGGCCAUAACUGGGGAGAGGGACGCCCGCUCGGUGGUCCUGACUGA